AUGCGAACUCGAUCGAGUCGGUCUACAGAGGACUUGGUCGAGCUAGACUUUACAACGGGUAGAAAGAGGAAGGGGAAUGGAAACCCUUUGGGCAAUGGACUCGGUCGAGCUAGGCAAACUCGACCGAUUGGUCUAGGAGAUGCUCCAAACCGCCACCAACAGAGACAAGGGAUUGUUCCACCACCAGUGCAGAACCACAACUUUGAGAUCAAGCUGGGAAUGAUCAACCUUGUUCAGAACAAGAUGUUCCAUGGAUUGCCAAGUGAAGACCCCAUUGACCACCUUGAUGAGUUUGAUAGGCUUUGCGAUUUGACAAAGAUCAAUGGUGUCUCUGAAGAUGCCAUCAAGCUGAGACUCUUUCCUAUGUCUCUAGCUGACAAAGCUCACCAAUGGGAGAAGAGCUUGCCCCAUGGCACAAUCACCACUUGGGAUGAAUGCAGGAACGCAUGUUCCGCGCUCGGCCAAAGUUGCGUCCGUCCGACUGAAGUCUCGGCCAAAGUCCAAAACCACUCGGCCGAUCACGCAUCACGACCCGGGAAACUUGCCCGCGGUCGGCCAAGCCACAACGCCACGCCACCGCGCACGACCAAAGCGCGCGAGCCGGGAAAAAGCCUCGCGGCCGCGCAACCGUUCGCGUACCACGCCGAUGCAUCCGUCCGAGCCGGGAGAACGCCCACGUCCGGCCGAGAGAUUUCAUCGGCCAAACUCAUCCGCUCGACCACGCCGACCGACCGUGAAUCCGUCCGACCCCGACCGUUCCGACUCGGCCACACCCGAUUGUCCGGCCGAUCGUCCCGCACGACCGUCCCAACGCCGCGGUCGACCCGAAGCCCUUUUUGA